AUGGUUGACGAGGAAAAACCGUCUUAUUGCUCACUGCCCGCUUCAAAAGGCAACUGUGACGAAGCAAUCAAUCAAUUCUUCCAUGAUCCCACCGAUGGGCAUUGCAAGGCUUUUAUUUACAGCGGUUGCGGAGGCAAUUUCAACCGGUUUUCAACAAUCAAAGACUGUGAGACGACUUGCACAAAUCCGUGCACGACCCCCGUCUAUACCGUUUCUUGCUUUGAAUCCCCAUCUAUCCGAAACUUCUACUACGAUCGGACAGUUGACGCCUGCCUGCAGUUUGAGACCGGAAUGUGCGGCGGAAGCAGCAACAAUUUCCAAAGCAAAGUACAAUGUGAAAAGAAGUGCAUCAAAAAUGUCUGCGAGUUAAAGCCUCUACCAGUGCUUUGUGAAGAUGAGAUAAAAAGGAUUUACUAUGAUCCAAAGACUCAAACCUGUAGACAUUUCUACGAUGUCUGCCUGGCAGACGGUAAUAGUUUCGCGACUGUACAAGACUGCGAAAAGAAAUGCGUGAUAAAAACUCAAACUUGCCACCUCGCCAAGGAUCAGGGUCAUCCGUGUCGCUAUUUCUAUUACGACGUCAGAAGCAAACAAUGUCAACGUUACAGUGCAGGAAAAUGUGCUGGGACAAUGAACAGCUUCUUAACAUACAGACAAUGCACAUGGAUGUGCGAGGUGAAUGCCUGCAUGCAAGAAACAGCGCUAAGCAACUGUGACUCAUCAGUCUCGCGUCAUUUCUAUAACCUGACAACGAGAGAAUGCGAGAGAAUGCCCCAUGGCAAAUGUAGUAGCAGUAUCAAUGAUUUUGAGAGUGAAGAUUAUUGCCAAGCGGAAUGUUUCUUCAAGGACAUUUGUAAAAUCCAGGUGAACCAGGGCACGUGUAAUGGUUCAGAGUCUAGGUGGUACUUUAAAAGUGAGACUGGCCGUUGUGAAAAGUUUUCUUACAGUGGCUGCGGCGGGAAUGCAAACAACUUCCUGUCGGAGGCCAUUUGUGAAAAAGCGUGUUUUCGAAAUCGCUGCCAGUUGCCGAAAGGUCCAGUACCGUGUAGAACACCUCAGCAUAAUUACUAUUAUGAUUUGGAAUCAGGGAUAUGUUUUUUUAGCAACAUUACUUGCUUAAGCAGCGGGUUCUCGACACUUGAGCAGUGCGAACAGACGUGCAUAGUCGAUAACCCGUGCCGUGCACCCGUCCAAGAGACAUCUUGCGAAAUGACGUUCACACGUUAUUUCUAUGAUAGUCUCAAGCGAGAAUGUACUAGUUUUGAGUAUGCUGGCUGCGGUGGAAACGCAAAUAACUACGAGUCAUUCGAAGAAUGUAACGCGGCUUGUCAAGACAAAGAGGAAAGCCUCACUUUACCGAAAUCCGUAAAUAUUAAUAAACCAAUCGGAAUACUUUCCAACGCCAGCGGACGAGGCUCGUCUAUUCUGGUUGAUGGCUAUAAAAUAUUACCGGAAUCUCAUGCAGAUAAUGAUGUCGGAAAAAUUAGCUUUGGUGGUAGUAUACAUACAGGCACACCAGAAAGCGGACCCCGCCAAAAACCACGGAUAAUUGACAAUGAAUCAACACUGUCCGGAAAGGGAAAAUUUAAUAAGAAUUCGUCGCUUGAGAAUGAUGAGCCUACAACAGAGGUUCAUGGAGAUGCUGACCGGAUCGAACCGGAAAUAAGUGGUGACCGUUGCACAUUACCCCUAUGGAUCGGAUCAUGCAACAAAUUUUUCAAACGGUUCUACUUUGAUCCGAUCACCCAUACAUGUCAGCAGUUUACUUACAGUGGUUGUGAGGGCAACGCGAAUAACUUCUUAACAAUGAAAGGGUGUAUGAAAGCAUGUGUGGACAUAUGCUACGCUCCAGUCGAGAUGGGGCCAUGUAAAGUAAAAGUAAACAGCUAUCGUUAUAAUACAUCAUCUGGAAUGUGUGAGCACAUCCCAGUCAGUAAAUGUAGCAACAGCUUGAAUAAUUUUCAAGAGUUGGAUACUUGUGAGAAAAUCUGCGUCAGAGAUGUUUGCUUGCAGAGAAAGAAGACUGGACCUUGCAGAAGUCAUAUAGAGAGAUACUAUUACGACCCGAAAACCGAUCACUGCCUUCCGUUUAUAUAUGGAGGUUGUCUCCAAAAUGGUAAUAAUUUCCUAUCUCGAGAAGAGUGUCAAAGACAGUGUUUCCAUCUGAAUCAUUGCCUCUUGCCGCCUGACGCCAACAUCUGCUCAACGUCAUUAGAGGCCACUCGCUUCCAGUUCAGCGCUAUUUCCGGAGAAUGCGAAGCAACGGACAAAAUACCUUGCGAUUCGCGGGCAAACAACUUUAAAUCCUUGCAAGAAUGCAAGUCUCGUUGUAAGCUUUCGAAUCCCUGUGUUCCUCCCUCCAAAACCGAAACGUCCUGUAAUGAAGCUUCUAAGUUUGCUAGGUUUUUCUACAACAGAAACGAAGGGGUUUGCGAAAAGCAUUUCGUAUGUACGGCAAGUGGAUUUGAAACUUUUUCCUCGUGUAAAGCAAAAUGUCUUGUGAACGUCUGCACCCUUCCCGGUGAACACGGGCCGUGCGAUCUGGACCGCGUGCGUUACUAUUAUAGCCAAGAAAAUAAAAAAUGCCGUCCGUUUCUGUACGGCGGCUGCUACGGCAAUAACAACAAUUUCGAGACUAUUGAUGAAUGUGCUUCGAGGUGCGACCCGGACCGCUGUAGUCGCCCUAAGAAAGUAGGGUUUUGCGACAAGCACUUUAAGCGCUAUUUUUACAAUUCAAAAAUUAGCUCUUGUCUUCCAUUUGACUACAGCGGCUGCGGUGGUAAUUCUAACAAUUUCCCAACUUUAAAGUCCUGUCAGAACGCCUGCGGAAUACAGAAAUGCAGUCCGUCUCCUGAUAAGGAGAAGGCCUACACUGUCUGUAAAUCAAAGCCAGAGAUAAAAGACUGCGCGUAUACAACUCAGAAACACCGUUUUUAUUAUAACUCCUCAGUUGGUCUUUGUAUGAACUUCCAGACGGGCAAAUGCGGCAGCGACAUUGGAAAUAGUUUUAGCAGCCUUGGCGAAUGCGAAAAAGCUUGCAAUAGAGAUGUCUGCCAAUUACCUCCGCUCUCUUCGCACUGCGAUGUCACAAAUAACGGACGCUUCUUUUAUGACGAAUCGGCAGACGCUUGCACGUCCUUUGACGAAGGAAUUUGUGGUGCAAACAAGAAUAGUUUUACCGACGUUCAGCAGUGCGAAAACAGGUGCGUCAAAGACAUUUGCCACUUUACCAAAGACGCCGGACCGUGCAUGGCGAUCAUAGAACGCGUGUUUUACAAUCGCUUAUCAGGCGAAUGCGAACAGUUUCAUUAUGGCGGCUGUAGCGGCAACAAAAAUAACUUCGACAGCAAGCAGCAUUGUGAGAAGCAAUGCAUGAAGGAUCCGUGCAAAAUGCCUUAUGAUUCAGGCACAGGUGAUGCGUCUAUGCCGAAAUACUACUAUGACAGUAAGAAUGGUCAGUGUCGUAGCUUCCUUUAUAGCGGUUGUGGUGGCAACCCAAACCGCUUCGACACCAUCGGGGCCUGUUUGAAAAAAUGUCAGCCUAACAGUUGUAAUCUACCGCCUGAUGUCGGUCCAUGCCGGGGGAGUUUUCACCGUUUUUAUUAUGAUUCGGAAGUUGGAAAAUGUAACCAUUUCUUUUAUGGCGGUUGCAGAGGCAAUGGGAAUAAUUUUGAAACCAUUAAACAAUGUGAAGAGACUUGCCAAAAUGACCCCUGUGUACAACCCGUCAAAGUCGGCCCUUGUGAAGCAAUAAUUAAAAGGUUUUAUUUCAACUCGAUGACUGGCGAAUGUGAGCGUUUCUACUACGGUGGUUGCGAUGGCAAUGAAAACAAUUUCAGGACGGUUGAAGAGUGCCAAAAACGAUGUGCUUGUAGUCUGCCACCAAAAACUGCAACAUGUCAUCAUAAGUUAACUCAUUUUUAUUUUGACAUGGCGACGGGACGCUGCCAUAAUUUCGUUCACAAUGGAUGCAGUGGCAACGCUAACGGAUUCUUAUCUAUAAAAGAGUGUGCCCAAGUUUGUAUUCAGAACCGUUGUGAAAAACAAAUGGACCCUGGUAGCUGUGAUAAGAAUCUUGCUCGAUUUUUCUACGACUCCAAGAAGAGACAGUGUGUUUCUUUCUUAUAUGGCGGGUGCAGGGGAAAUACUAACAACUUUCAAAGUGAGCAGCUAUGCAAAGAUGCCUGCCUCAGCGAAGAUCCAUGUUUGCAGCCGAAAAUGCCUGGUUCGUGUAAUGAAACGCACAGACGUUUUUAUUACGAUUCAAUCGAGGGGAAAUGCCUACGUUUUUUAUACGGUGGCUGUCUUGGGAACAGAAAUAACUUUCAUACUCUCUCAGAAUGCCAACGGAAGUGUAAAAGAAACGCAAAUAAAUGCCUACUUCACAAAGAGGAAGGACUGUGUUCUUCAUCAGAGGAGCGUUUCUAUUACAAUCCAAUUCUAAAAUCGUGCGAACGAUUUAACUACACUGGCUGUGCUGGUAACGCAAACAAUUUUUUAAGCAAAAGCAAAUGCGAACAGGAAUGUAAAUCCGAUCUUUGCAAGCAAUCAACGAUUGUCGGUAGCUGUUCCAGAAACGAGGAAGACGUUCGAGGUUUGACAAAUCUCUAG